CUGAAGUGCUUGUAGCUGUGCUGGCUUGAAGAUCCUUGUCUGUCACAGACUAUGUCUAAUAGGAAGAGGAGCUUCACUUUCGGUGCCUAUGGAGGAGUGGACAAAACGUUUUCCAAGGCUAGAGGUCUAUGGAAAAACGAUGGCAGAAUCUCUCAAACAUCUAAUGCAUUAGAUUCUACUCACUUGACCCACCCUUUACACCUGUCCCCUCUUUCUGCAUUUCUUAAGAAUUCAGAUUUAUUUGCAAUGAUUGAGCGGAUGCAGAACAGCAGAAUGGAUGAGCAGAGAUGCACACUUCCACCUCCUCUUAAAACGGAAGAAGAUUAUAUUCCUUAUCCAAGUGUUCAUGAGGUGCUGGCACGUAAAGCUCCAUUUCCACUGAUUCUGUUGCCGCAGUUUGGUGGUUACUGGAUUGAGGGGACCAACCACGAGCUCAGUACCAUCCCAGUACAGGAGGAGCCACCCCCAUGUCCAGCCUCUCAGAUUAAACUGGAGACUAAUAGCAUAGCCAAAAUCUAUAGGAAACAUUUCUUGGGCAAGGAGCACUUUAAUUACUACUCUGUGGACACAGUACUGGGCCUCCUUGUCUUCUCAGUGAAGUAUGAUGUGAUUGGGGACCAAGAGCACCUCCGCUUACUGCUUAGGUCAAAGUUUAAAACCUGUCAUGACGUGAUACCGAUUUCUUGCCUGACUGAGUUCCCCAAUGUGGUGCAAAUGGCAAAGCUUGUGUGUGAAGAGGUAAACGUGGACAGAUUUUAUCCAGUCCUCUAUCCAAAGGCAUCCAGACUCAUUGUAACCUUUGAUGAACAUGUCAUAAGCAACAACUUCAAGUUCGGAGUCAUCUAUCAGAAGUUUGGGCAGACAUCAGAAGAGGAGCUCUUUGGGAACAGUGAGGAGAGUCCAGCCUUUACUGAGUUCCUGGAGUUUUUGGGGGAGAAGAUCGAGCUACACGACUUUAAAGGGUUUCGCGGGGGUCUUGAUGUUACGCAUGGCCAGACUGGAACUGAGUCAGUGUAUCAUAAUUUCCACAACAAGGAGAUUAUGUUCCAUGUGUCCACCAAACUACCCUACACUGAAGGAGACUCACAGCAGCUGCAGAGGAAGAGGCAUAUAGGAAAUGACAUUGUGGCGAUUGUGUUUCAAGAGGAAAACACACCAUUUGUACCUGAUAUGAUUGCCUCCAAUUUCCUGCAUGCUUAUGUGGUGGUGCAAGUGGAGAAUGCCUGCACAGACAACGUCCUUUACAAGGUAUCAGUGACUUCCAGAGAUGAUGUGCCUUUCUUUGGGCCUCCUCUCCCAGACCCAGCCAUUUUCAGAAAAAGUCCAGAGUUCCACGAGUUCCUCCUGACAAAACUCAUCAACGCUGAGUAUUCGUGCUAUAAGGCUGAGAAGUUUGCUAAGCUGGAGGAGAGAACACGUUCUGCACUGCUGGAGACAUUGUAUGAGGAGUUACAUGUGAACAGCCAGUGCAUGAUGGGAUUGGGAGGAGAAGAUGAGAAACUGGAGAAUGGAGGUGGAGGUGGAGGUGGUGGUUUCUUUGAGUCCUUUAAGAGAGUAAUUCGCAGUCGGAGUCAGUCUAUGGAUGCUAUGGGACUGAGCAACAAGAAGCCCCACACUGUCUCUACCAGCCACAGCGGUAGCUUUACCCAUAAUCCCCCAGAUAUCCCUAAAACACCCGGCAUUUCUCUGAUCAUCCCUGGGAAGAGCCCAACCCGAAAGAAAUCAGGCCCGUUUAGUUCCAGGAGGAGCAGUGCAAUUGGCAUUGAGAAUAUUCAGGAAGUCCAGGAGAGAAGCAGUAGGGACGUGUCUCCCAGCAACCAAAAGAUACCCGAAGGUGGCCAUGCCUUGCAUGAGCCCAAUACUGACAACUCUUCCAAUCACAGUUCUCCUGAGAUGCCUACCACCAGGACUAGUUCGGCCCUGUGCUGUAGAGCUCCCUCCAUUCCGGAGUGUCAUGAUCUGUCUCGGUCCUCAUCCAAUGCCAGCAGCUUCACGAGUGUGGUGGAAGAGAAUGAGCAUGAGCAUGAAGCCACAGAUGACUAUGACACAGGACUGGAAAGCCUAUCUUCUGCCGGUACCCCUCACAAACGGGACUCGUUCACGUACAGCAGCAGCUGGUUGGACGAAAGUAUAAGCAGUGCUAGGCACAGCAGCACACCAGCCGUCGCUCGACAGCUAUCCGACCCCAUUCGGCCCAGAACAGAAAGACAGCACUCUGCUACAAACUACUAGGCUUUCUCUUCAGAUUACUUCAUGAAUGUCCAUCAGCAGUACUCCCAUAAGCAGCUCCUCAAGAGACUAAUGCUGGCUCCUCCUCCUCCGGAGACCCAGUGCAGAAGGAGAGCUGUCAGUCACAGGACCUGUGGCCAAGAAUCCUGUCCCUGCUUUUAGGACUUGCACCGUUUUGUUUGUAUCAUGUGAAUGAACAUGCUUCGCAGCAUGCCUUUGGGCUUCAGCAGGUUAGCGAAGGCCGUGGUAACAGUCUGAGGCUUAUUAUGGAGGGCAUUUCUUAUGGUUAUUUGUCUGCCUGCAAUACCAGCAAAGGGUGUGAUGGCUUUAACCAGAAAGUUCACUCCUUUUCUGUCUUUAUUUGUCUCUAUCAGUCUAUUACUUCUUGUUUUCUUUUCAGUCUUUCUGUGACUUCCACGUAGCAUCAAGCAUAACACACAUGACUGGUCGCUCUAAAUUCGUCUACUUCUGUGUUUGUGUGUAUUUCUUUAUUUAUUUAUUUAUUCGUGAUCAUAAUAGAAGGCAGAGGUCAGCUUGUCACUCACAGGGACACAGCGGUCGAGGAAAAAUGACGUCCUAAAAAUAACAGUUUGACGAUUUAAACAAGUACAAUACAGAUCUGAACAUAUUUUUUUGUGCUGCAAAACACCCAUGAAUGAACACGUGCAGCAGAAUUAUGUGUAAGCUUUUCUCUUCUUUUUUUUUUUUAAACAGCAGUAUAUUUUGUAUUUUUUUUCGGUGAUUUUGGGAAUAUUUAUAAAUGUUAUUUGUUGUUAAAUGAACUGACUUGUGCUGCAUUUACUAUCUU